GCAAGACGUUUGACGCAAAAACAAUCUUUUUUUUAUCGUAGUAUCGUAAUGUGCUUGCAAAUUUUCGGUCCCCCGGUGCGGUCGCUUGGCAUGGAAUAAGAAAAAAAACGAAGGCUCAUUCACUCGGUGCCGGAGUGGCAACAAAUAGCGCCGAUAACAGCGACAAACAAAGCGGCCAGUGAUAAUAACAAAGCCGAACUGCAGUGCCAUUCCUGCUGCCGAAUUCGGUGUGCUCUUUCGUGACACCACAUUUCUGUGCCUUUGUUGUGAGUGUAUGUGAUAGGAGAAGGAGGAAGGAGCACUGUCUCGGAGCCAUGAUGAGUUUAGCCGGUUAGUGACCUCAAUCGAUAUUGCAGAGCGCGUGCAGGCAAACGGGCGAACGUGUGGGCGGCGGCCAGUUCACAGAUAAGCUGGUGGAAAGAGCUGAUUUCAAUUCUGCCAACAAAGCAACAGCAGUGCAUCGUUUAAUAAAAGCCCCCUCAGGAAAACGGGCAAGGCGUUUAUACUGUUCGUCCUCAAACAGGCAAAGCGGCACAGCGAACGUACCUAGAGGGACUGGAAUAUCGAUCAGUAAGCAAUGUUUCAGCCUACCGGUCAAUCGUCCAAACAAAAGCACCCGAAAGUGAAGGUGCUCGAUCCGGAUAUAGAUUACUCGAAGGCGAAGAGCGUCCACAGCAUAUCGUCCUGGUGGGGCAUCGGCGGCAUCUUUAUCGUGCUGGUCGUGGGCAACAUCACCAACUACACCAACUCGCACCUGCCGGACGGGUUGCGGAAUGCGCACCUGACCCACUUCCCGGCCGCGUUCAUUGCCGAGCGGGCCUGGAAGGAUCUGAAGAUACUGAACGACUUCGGUCCCAAGCCGACCGGCACCUACACGAACGAGGUGCUGGCGGUGGACUUUCUGAAUCGCGAAAUUUCCUACAUCGAUCAGCUGAAGAACCGCAACCAGCAGCUGGUGGUGCAGAACCAGAUCGUGUCGGGCGGGUACGUGGGCGUGUACAUGAACAAGUCGGCCGCCAACGUGUACCGCAAUGUGCAGAACGUGGUGGUGAAGCUGGUGGGCCGGAGCGAGUCGACCAGCCGCCAUGCGCUGCUGCUCAACUGUCACUUCGAUUCGGUCGCGGGCUCGCCGGGUGCGAGCGACGAUUCGGGCAGCUGCGCCGUGAUGCUGGAGGUGCUACGCGUCCUGUCCCGCCAGUCGGACGUGAACCGGUACUCGAUCAUCUUCCUGUUUAACGGGGCCGAGGAAACGCCCCUGCAGGCGUCGCACGGAUUCAUCACCAAGCACCCGUGGGCGGCGGAUGUGCGUGCGUUCAUUAACCUCGAGUCGGCCGGGUCCGGCGGGAAGGAAAUGCUGUUCCAGAGCGGCCCCAAGCACCCGUGGCUGAUCGAGGCGUACGCGCGGGCCGUCCCGCACCCGUACGCGCAGGCGGCGGCGGAGGAAAUCUUUCAAUCGGGCGUCAUCCCGUCCGACACGGACUUUCGCGUGUUUCGGGACGUCGGGCGCAUCCCCGGGAUGGACUUUGCGCACACGGCGAACGGGUACCGGUACCACACGCGGUACGACUCGAUCGACUACAUUCCGCUGCCGGUGCUGCAGCGCACCGGGGACAACAUACUGGCGCUGACGCGUGCGAUCGCUAACGGGGACGAGCUGGGCAGCACGGAACGGUACGCGCAGGGGUACAUGGUGUUCUACGACUUUCUGGGGCUGUUCUUUGUGUCCUACUCGGCGGACGUGGGGUUGAUGAUCAAUCUGUCCGUGGUGCUGCUUUCGAUCAUUAUACCGUUCCUGUCGCUGGCCCGCUCUACGAGUGGGACGCACGGCAGGCAGAUCCGGUCGGAGACGAUGACCGGGUUUCUGGCCACGUUUCUCGGUGCCGGUGCGAGCGGCGUGCUGUGCUUCUUCAUCGGACUGCAGCUGGAUGCAAUCGGCCGCUCGAUGUCGUGGUAUUCGUCCACGAAUCUCAUACUCGGCGUUUACUGCUGUCCGGCAUUGCUCUGCCAGUGCGUUGUGCAUUUGCUGUGCAAUCGUUUGUUCGGAAGCAAGACGACCCCGCUAAGCCUCGCGCUGAAGGUACAGGCACGGCUGAACGGUGUGAACCUGUUCUGGGGCAUGAUCACGCUCGGUAUCACCUUCACAGGCUACCGGUUGGCGUACAUCUUCAUGGUGCUGAUCCUGUGUUCGCUCUGCUCCAGCACGCUCAUCUCAAUGCUCGGCCUGCAGAACACGGUCCACAAGUGGUUGCUCCUGCACAUGCUCUUCCAAAUCGUUGCCCUCGCCUGGAGCACCCAGUUCUACCACAUCCUGAUGAACAUGUUCGUCCCGAUCACCGGACGCAUCGGUUCGUCCAUCAAUCCGGACGUGAUUGUGGGCACGCUGGCCACGUUUGCGACGCUGUUCAGCUGCAGCUACCUGACCCCACUGCUGUUUCUGCUGAAAAAAACCGACAAGCUGAUCGGGGAGCUGGUGGCCAUCACGCUGAUCGCUCUGGUACUGGCGACGUCCACGCACGUCGGCUUCCCUUACCGCGACGAUGCGGUCAAGGCGCCGGCCGUACAGCGGCACUACAUUACCCACACGGUGCGCAAGUUUUACGACCACAACGGCGGCGAGCGGUACACCGAUGCGGGCUUCCUGCUGCAGGAGCUCGAUCGCAACGCGAAGAAAACGAUCGAGGGCAUCGCGAUGCCGGACGUGGUGACGCCGAUGCGCGAAAUUCCAGCCUGCGACAAGGAGCUGUUCUGUGCGAUACCGUUUUACUCGAUCUGGCAUCAGGUUUUGUUUGAAAACUAUUGGCUCCCAGGACCGGCACCGGUCGUGCGGCAGGCAGUGACCGUUUCGCUCAGGGAAAAGGAGCAGCUGAGCGAGCACGAGCAUCGGUUGCAUCUGGUGCUGAAGGGCAGCUUUCAAUGCUCACUGAUCAUCGGACCGAAGGCGGGCUCGACCUUGAAGCGCUGGAGUUUGUUAAGUGAAAUCCCGACCCCGAUCGAGUUCAACGGACAGCGAGGGCACUUCGUGCUGCUGACGGCGGGUGUCGAGAGCGAACCGAUGAACAUCACACUGGACGUGCGCCACGAGCUGAAGAAGUAUGACGGACCGCUGGUCGAUCUGCUCGUCACGACGACACACUGGGAGUACCACAAGGAGCACACGCCCGUGUUCAAUCGCCUUCUGGCGCGUGUCCCCGGCUGGGCACAUGUCGUUCCCUCCGUGGCUGCCGUCAAUAGUUACACUUUCUAAAGCUAGCGCCGAUUUUACGCGCUGUACGCGCGUGUUACUUUCUUACCAAAAAUGAUAUUAACCAGUUUAAAGCUUUCUCACUUCGAGCGCAAAUUACUUAACUCUACCGCCUGGUAUACAUUCUCCAUUCUACUGCCUUAAAGAGCUGUUACGAAUCUACGACGUCGCCAGUCGGUGGGGCGGAAGCAAUAAUUAGAUAUUUACGAUACGUCACGCUUGUAGAAAGUUGUUGCACAGCAAACAAAACAAACAGAACAAAAGUCUACCUUUUAUCGCUGAUUGUAGUUAAAAUAUAUCUACAGUCGAUUGAUUCUCUCUAGUUCGAUCAUACCAAAGGAAUUUCUUCCAUUGCGCCACACAGAAUACUCUCUAUUGUUCAACUAUCUCGAUUGUAUGAUAAAUUUCAAAGCAUGCAAAUUUAAUAUAAUUGAAGCAACACAAAAGACGUAGGUUAUUAAGGGGAUAGUAAUUCAGGAAAAAUAAAAAAAAUCCCCUAAAAAAUUAGACACAUUCAGUCCAAAGAAACGUCGCACACACGGUGAAGGAUUGAGUAAUCCAACACUAGGGAUCGUAUGAAUCUUGCAAAAAAAAAAAUUCGAUAUUAUGAUAUUAUUCGCAAUAAUAGUAACUUAAGUUCCUUCGCCUUAGUGCACACUACACAGCGGGUCCUCUGUCCUCAGCACAAAAAUAUGGACCCCCCCAGACAUUGCAGGAAACCGUUGUUGAAAGCGUGUCUUUAGCUAUAGCUCACGAUUUCAUCUUUCUUCAAUUACACCACUCAAUAGAAACUAAGGAAAAGCUUUAACGUCGAGCAAAUGCAAAAGAAUACUUUGCAUUUUUGUUUUCAGUUAGUUAGCAUUAAAAGGAAUAGCAUACCAAACAACAAACAACCAAGCUGUUUCCUAGCCAUACAUUGAAAGAAUGAAUAAAAACGCUUUAAUUACACAACUA